CAACUUUCUGCUGACGGUGGCGUGUGCGAGCUGUUUUCUUCUGAUUCACACGAAACUCCUCAAGGCACUCGGCGUAUCGGAAUAUUCACGGGCCUGGGUACGUGCCGUCGCCGAUAUGAUUUACGCACUUGAAGCUGGCCGGGAUCGGACAGCGAUGCAAGCUGCAGGACUCCCAACGCUUCGGCCAGAGGAGCCAGUAUGGGGGGGGGAGAUUGCAAGGCACUCUACGAACUCGAGACUCUAUUGGACGUUGUGUUUUACGUCUGCUGGACGAUCGUGUUUGGGCUCUUUCUUGUGUCGACCCAGCUAGCGUCGCUGUUUCCGUUGCGCUCGUUGAUCCAGAUCGUGCUCUCAGUUGUUGUCGGCGGAACACUGUUGGUAUACACCACCAUUCUCUUCCGCCGACUCAACCGUCUUCGCGCUGCCCUCAGCGGAUCGAUGACUUUGCUGUCUCCCCAUAAUCUUCGCGACACGACCGUCAGCUCAAACAGUGAACUCAGAAGAGAACGGAUCGGGCUCUGUCUCUUGGCGAUUGUUGAGGUGCCAGACCCCAAGAGCAGCGUCGGCUCUGCGGAAAUCAAGGUGCUCACCAAAUCUGCGUCGAUCUUGUUGGCCACCCGGGAGAACGGAUGCGUGACCGAUCGAGGCAGCCUGCCCAGGUCCCGCACCGACCUGUCACCCACCCGAGCAAAAUCCGAGAGUGCCUGACAGGCCAAGCGCGGAGACUGAAGGCCGAGUCGUUGACGACGGAGGGGGAAGAGCAUCGACUGAGCAGCCAUGGGUCGGUCGAACAGGAUACCGUAUCGAAAUCUCUUCGCGGAUCAGAAAUCAGCCAGAUCCGAUCCCUUCAGGCAGCCGGGCCUCAGUCCAUCAACUAUCUCUCGAAGCUGUGAACGGAUGCGCUCGUGCCCGCCAAGCAAUCUGUUCUGCCACGAGAUCAGACGAGCACCUGAACGAGCGACCUUCGCACUGGGACGGCCGUCGCAG